CAACAAAACUAUGGCGGUCAAUUUGUGGAGUUGUGGUUUCAGGUGAUAAAAGAGAUGCUCCUAACUUAAAUACUUAACAGCUAAUAACUUCAACAUCAUGGGACACAAGGGGAGUAAACUUAGCCAAGAGAACAUACGAGAGCUGCAGCAAAGCACGUAUUGUAAGUUACAGCGCUUUCCUUUUUACUUCGAUCUCACUGUCAUUAGAUCGGAUAAGCUCACCGCUUAAAUAGAUUUUGAUACCGCGGUCAGCAAUUUUCCCUGUUAGUUGUUUACUUAAGUGCUAAAGUGUCUUGUAAUUUUUUAUUUCAGUCGAUAAGAAAGAAUUACAGAAAUGGUCAGUAUAUGACUUUUUUUUAUUAUUUUAAAACGAACUUUAAAGCUGAUGUUUUGUCAUUUUAAUUGACUAUGAGUUCGCAGGCUUUUGUCAACAACAUUAUUGUUAUUGAACUUUUCUGUUUUGAAUAACUAAGCUGAACUAAAAAUCCUUCAUGUGAUCAAUCUCUGCCUUUUUGUACCUCAUUUAGGUACCGAGAUUUUAUGAAAGAUUGCCCUUCUGGCGAGCUCAAGCAAGAGGUCAGUAAACUUGUAAACUGUUAUCGUUUGCAUAAACUUACUGCUUGUAUACGGCGAACGUAAACACUUGACACGCCGUUUGUUUUCGCAUCUUUUCCCGUAUUUUUAAUCAUUUAUUUUUAUUUUGUAUAGAAAUACUUAAAUUCGUGCCUUUUUCAAAUCGCUCGCAAUGAUCAAGAGUGUUCAGCCAAAUUAAAUACCGUUUGAAUUAUCCGAAAAUGUCAAUUCUUAAAUGACCGUAGUACAAGCUAAAUUCUACAGAAAUACAGGUGCUUUGCAGCGCUUAAAUUUAGGCCAUAUUUUUCUAACAAAAGACCAGAAAUAUGUUCGAAUACAAGUUUAAGAAGCGCUUUUGAAAGCUAGGUGUGUCUUUUAAUGAACAUUCAUAAGCAAGGUUUGUUACUUGCAUAUUAUAAUCCAUUUCCUUUAAAAAACUUAUGAACUUAUUAAUGGCCCUCUUAAUAGGCAAUAAAACAAGACUUUAUUUUUGUCUUAAAGGCUUAGUUUAAACCAAAACAAAUGAAGUGAAUCACAACUGAAAAUAUGUUUAAGGUUUCUUUGUGAAUUGAAAGUAACAAAAAUAGAAAAUGUCGAGUAUUAAUUAAAAAUAUCUCUAACUUGUUACGCGAGUCCUACUGCUACGUAUAGGUAGAUUGUUUAUGUACAUUCGCCAUAUUUUGGUUACACUCAAUUUGCAUAAGAAGUAGAAAAAUUCAUUAUUUAUAUUUAUUUAUAUUUUCGAGAUACUCUAAUUUUUAUUAGUGUGCAUGGUUUAGCCAACUUUAAUGAAAUUUUGUUGGAAUUUUUUUUUCUAUUCAGUUCUCAGAGGUUUAAAUAUUAUUUAAGGUUAAAGCAAGGUGCUAUUUUGCAGCAUAGAAAUGUCACACCUGAUUGUCAUGUUGGCAUAAUUCUUGUGGCCAAUAAUGUUUUCCAUCAUUUUUAUCGAGCCUUGUUGCUCAAUUUUAUUAUGUAUUUUCAUCUACUAGGAAGGAUAAUUUGAUUAGAAAAUUUGGAUAUAAGAUUUUGAAAUCUAGGUUUCAGAUUUUUAAAUUCAAUGCAAGAUCUGAAAAUCAAUUUUGAUGACAAGAAAAUCGAUCCUCAAGUUGAAUUUCAAUUAAGAAAUCAAUUAAAUUGGAUUCUCUACUAUUUCAGUGAGAAAUCUGAACAAGGAUUUGCAGAAAUGUUCUCUUGAACAGUCGUCUUCAAUGUCUUAUAAUAAUAUGUGCACAUGCAAGACUGCUGCUCUUGACAACAGCUUUUAAAUCUUUUUUCUGAAUCCCCCCCCCCAAAAAAAAAAAAAUAUGUGAAAAGGCAUUAAAAUCUUUUUUUGGAUUUUGCAUUUUAUUGCAGGUCUGAAAUCAAGGUUUCAAAAUCUAAAUCUAGAUUCUUCAACUGAAUGCACCCGAAAUAGUUACCUUAAACUGGAAAUAAUCUAGUUUCUAAUAUCAUUAAUUGCCUCUUGUUAACUAGAGAAACCCUUUGCAUGAUAAAUGCUCAUCAUGUUGCUGUCAGCAAGGCAUUUUUUCACUUUUUGUAGGUCGGGAAUAAACAUAGCAGCCUGUCGAAUUAUCCAAAAAACAAGCAACCCCUUGCCACUAUUAUUCCUAGUGUGGGAAAAACAAACACUUUGCUCGGAUUCAAAGCCAGAACCUAACAGUAAUGCCCCAAACUUUGUUUAGAAUUGGAGCACUGGGCUGGCUUUUGUUCGUAAUGGUACUUUGCAGUUUCCAAAGUUUUUUAUGCAGUUUUGUUUGUUGCAUUUUUGUUGCUAGGCAACUGAUGUACUAUAUAUGGGUAACGGUUCCCAAGAUUCAACUGCCCUGAAGCAACCCAUACACACCAUGAAUUCUGAGAAAUCUGCAAAGCUUGCACAUACAGUGGCUCUGUACAACAUCUUUCUAACCCAAGAAUUUUUCUCAUAUUUUAUUUGUCUAUGUGUAUGUCUUUUGUAGGAAUUUCAAAAGAUAUAUCAGCAGUUCUUUCCCUUUGGUGAUCCUUCAAAGUUUGCAGCUUUUGUCUUUAAAGUUUUUGACAAGAACUCUGUAAGUAAUUUUAAACGUCUUUCACUUUUUUCGUGGCAACACUGUUCUUUCUUCCAGAUUUCAUGCCGUCUUGAAGCAAUUCAUUUGCUGAAGCCUAAUUUUUUUUUUUUUUUAAUGGUUCUGUUUUUGUUUUAUCCUUUGAAUAGUUUUUUAGUCACUUUUUUUGUCCUCCAUUUGGUAAUGUAGUAUAAUUAUGUGCAGUUAUAAGAAAGGCGAAACAAAAAAGUAUCCCAGGAUAAAAGAACCACUAUGUCUUUCAUGAGCUGAGUAAGACUCACUCUAAACCAGGAUAAUUUCCACUCAAAAGAUCAGAGAGAUGUACAAUAGCCUGCCCCACAAACCAAACUCUAAAACUCUGGUUAAGUCUGUUUGCAAAACCGCACUGGAAUCCUUGUUCUGAGCCACCAUCUGGGUACCAGGAUUUGAGUAUGCACCAUGAUUGGCUUGUUAAAAAAGCCUUUGUGGAUUUGCCAAUCAGGAUGAAAGGAAAUUUGAAAGGCAUUUCCAGUAAUUUGUUGAAUCCGUUGAGGCCCAGAAAAAGGAUCUUGGCGCUGCUUCAUGGAUGUUACUAACCGAGGUUCAAUUACAUCUGCUAUACAAGCUACAUGUACAGUGAAUUAGCCCCAAGAGCAUUUUUGUGUCUCAAUUGGGACGACUCAGUAAAUCAAAGUCAAUUUUCAUGUGUACUUCUUUACCAGCAAUAGAUAACAUUUUCAUAGCAGAGUGCAGCCAUUCGGCAGCUUCUGUACAUGAUGUUUUCUUUUUCCUUAUUAAUAUAUGUGACUUGUGAGGCAUGUGAGCACAACAAAGUGCAUGAGUCGUAAAUUCUAAAGAAUAAUAAGGGUGCAUGUUUACAUAUAGAAUUGGAUCAAGAAAACAGAGCUAGUAAGAUAUAAUUGUUUAUCAAUUGUCACGGGUAUUUCUGAUCAUGCAAGGGUAUUCGGGUAUUUCUGAUCAACUGCAAGUCAAGGAGGUCGUACAGCAGACAGGACAAUAAUAAUCUUUAUUUCCCCCUAAUAUACUGACAAAUUAGUUUGUUUACUCUCUGAAUGAUAAUAAAUUACAUUUAUUUAGUUAAACAGAAACCUAUUUAGUCUUUCCCUUUCAUUGACACUUACAGUGUAGUUAGGAAGUUUAAUUGUUUAAUUAGGAACUCCAUUUAAUUAAAAAAUGCCAUCUUUUUUGUUUUCCUCAGGAUGGAUCAAUUAACUUCAUAGAGUUUAUCUCUGCUUUAUCAGUUACUUCCAGAGGAAGUUUGGAUGAAAAAUUAGAGUGUAAGUAUUACCUUUAUAGCUAUUUUCAUUUUCUCUCUCUUUCUCUCCCUCCCUCCCUUUCUCUUUUACUUUUUAUUCUUUUUCGUUCAUUUUGUUGUGUUGUGUUUUUUUUUUCUCUUAGACAUGUAAACUAUUAUGGGCUGCCACAGGAGAAGUAGUUGUACAUGUCUGGUUGUUUUGCAAUUAUCAUGGGUUGCUGUAUACUUCAAUAUGACACUGUGUGUUAAAUAUGCGCAUCUCUGUCUUUCUGAAACUAUAGUUACAACAAUAGAAUGAAAGAAGAUUUAUAUGAAAGAAGAUCAUUGCAGUUAUAGAUGCAACUUUUCUGUUGUGAAAAGAAAGCCUGAAAAAAAUUCAGGCUUGUAUAGGACUGUUCAGGUAGACUGUUGAUUCUCUCAGGUUAACAAGUCAGACAAUAAAGCAUAUGGUUCUUUAAAACUGUGAAAUAUGAUUCACUCAAUCUUUCAGGGGCCUUCAGCCUUUAUGAUCUUGACAAAGAUGGCUAUAUCACAAGAGAAGAAAUGCAGAAAAUUGUGGAAGCAAUUUAUUGCAUGGUGGUAAGAUUUGUUUAUUGAUUUAAGCUGCAUUUGAUGACUUGCUAAAUGGCAUUUUAGACCAAAAAAUUAUGCAUUUUUACUCUUUGUGGUUCUUUCAUACUGAGGGUUGAUGCCACAAGACUCCUGAAGUUUAAAAAAAAUAAUCUUCUGGGUUGGGUCUGUCAUAAACUCCUUGAUAAUUUUCCUUUUUUUAGCCCUUGUUGAACAGUUUCUCUAAGUUGAUUAUUUUCUAGGUUAAUUAAUCAUGCAGUGAAGAAAUAGUGGCUGGUGAUUUAAUCAGGAAAUUUAAACUUAAAAUCCUGGAAUUUCGUUUUCUCUUAGUUGUAGAAAACAUGGCUUAUAAUAAUAUUAUAUUGACUGAGUUGAUAGGUUGGGGGUUUGGUCAGUAAUUUAUGUUUCUUUGUUUUUACUUUCCUAGGGUAGUAUUAUAGAUUUACCAAAGGAUGAAGAUACUCCUGAAAAAAGAGUUGACAAGAUUUUUAAACAAAUGGACAAGGUAAAUAUUAAGUAACAGAGCCAGGCCUCCAUUCCAUACAGCAACUUAAGAAGUAAGUGUGAAUUUUCUGAAACCUUUUCCUCUCUUCUAAAGGGAAUAUAUUGUGCUCCCUCUGUAUUUCCUGUAUUCAUCAACUAAACUUCUUCAGGCAAGUUAUAUGUAAUACUGUGCGAAAACAUCUCCCAGGACAAAGAGAGCGGUUGCAGAAAAUUUGCACUUAAUAUUAAGUUGCUUCAGUUGGGCCUAUAUAAACAUUUGGAGCUGAUCACCAUUGAACUCUUGGGGUAGCAAAGCCACCCCAAGGCUUUGGUAGCACUGAUCCUUGCGCUGUCUUAAGGUAGCAUAAUUGUCAGUUAUCCUUUAUUCAACCUUUAUUCAAAAAUUUUUAGUCUUGCAAUAGGGGUGCCAUCACGCAAGAUGUCUAGCUAUUAAAAGAAAAUGAAAUAAAGUUUAAAAUAACGAUUUCAUAACAAUAACAAAAGCUCCUACAAAAGAUAAAAUGGAUAAAAAAAUCAUAGCAUUAAUUAUUGUACAAUUGUAAAAUUCAUUAUUGACUCAAAUGCUCAAAUAAGACUUUUUUCAAUCUAUCUGCGGACUUAAUGUUAACAAUUUCUCUUGGUAACGCAUUCCAGUCCUUGGCAGUUCUACAAAAAUAACUAUUCCUAUAAGUCUCAGUAAUUGGUAGCAGUUUGAACAAUAAACUUGCUCUGGCUAGAGUUCCUUAAAUGUCUUCUGCACUUCAUAACGUAGUCAGGAAAAGCCAGGCCGCCAUCACCAUGAAUUGCUUUAUGGAAUAAGGUUAACCGUGAGAUUGUUCUUCGUACCUUCAGCGGUAUCCAGUUUAACUCGUUCAAGAGGUUGGUAACUGUUCCUGGUUUCCGCGUAUAACAGUUUUUGACGAAGUGUGCGGCUCCUCUAUGUACUCCCUCUAUUUGUUUGUCGUGUUCUUUUUUUAACUGCGUGUCCCAAACUGAGCUGGUGUAUUCCACGUGAGGCCGCACAAGGGCCUUUGUAGACUGCCUCUUUCACUCCAUAGGGGCAACCGCCCAGGUUUAGCCGGAGACGUCCGAGUGAUCGAUUGGCCUUCAUGACUUUGUUAUUUACAUGCUGGCUCCGAUCAAGGUUUCUGGACAAUUCUACGCCUAGAUAGGGAUGGUGGGUGACCGAAUGUAACACUUUUCCCAUAAGGACGUAGUUAGACUCGACGGGAUUUUGCUUCCUCGAUAUUCUAAGGACGUGGCACUUACUGGGAUUAAAUUUCAUUUGCCAUUUCUGGGCCCAUUCUUGAAGUGCUGUUAGAUCUGACAGCAGUUUGGCGGCAUUAUUAUAAGAUAAACAAGAGGGGACCGAGGACUGUCACUUGGGGGAACCCUGAUAGAACUGGCACUUCCGGGGAGUUGAACCCAUCAAUGACAACUGACUCGCUUCGACACUUAAGCUAUUGUGUUAGCCAGGUGUUAGGAACACCACGUAUGCCAUAGCAGCACAGUUCGUUAGGAGACGUUGGUGCAGAACCGAAUCGAAAGCUCUCGAAAAGUCCAUUAUUUAUAUAGUCAAUUUGCUCACCUUUGUCAAGGGAACGAGCUAUUUCUUCUGUGUAGAAAUUAAUUGAGUUUCACAUGACAAUUAUUUUUUCGAAAGCGUUGUUGGUACUUUGAUUAGCGCUUGAUUUGAAUCAAGGUAGGACGUCGUUUCGUGGAAGAUACACUGUAAUGUGUUCCAUGAUUUUACUGGGCACUGACGUAAGAGAGAUUGGUCGAGAAUUGUCCACUUGACUCAGCUGCCUUUCUUGUGUAUGGGUACAACAGUCGCUUUGAGCCAGGCCUGAGGGACCGAGCCUGUAUGGAGCGACUGCGUGAACAGAAACUUUAGAAAAGGAGCUAAUUCAGCAGCGGCCUCCUUUAAUAUGUAGCAAGGGAUUCUAUCCGGUCCAUUAGCUUUUUUGCAUUCCCCCGUCUGAAGAAGUUUUUUUAUCCCUGCUGUACUCAGUAAAUUGGCUUUCUCCCGACUGUCGGACACGACAUCAUCGUUGAUCUCCAAGGGAGCGACACCAACAUUGUCUUGCCUUUUUGAUCUUAUGUAGGUCCAAAUUUGUUUGGGCAUCGUAGGUUUACGAGUUUCCAGGUCCAUGUCAUCGGUUUUGAGGAGGUCCAACAAGUACUUAUUAUGUGCCAGAGUCAACCUUUUCUUAGUUGCUUUGCGUAGAUCUUUAAACUUCAUGCUAAUUACUCAGCAGCGGUAAACUAUUACAUACAAAACGGUGACAUUUACAGAAUUUUCUGACUUGGAAUUGAGCGCUGUAGUGAUCAGUGAUAAUGUGUAGGCCUUAAAUCAAAGUAAAUAUCAAUCUAAUUUCAAUUUAUUUACUCUGUCCAUAGUGGGGAGUUUGUAAGCUACACACGUCGCCCAGUGUAAAAUGCUAUACCAUUACAUGCAUACAUGCAUGCAAUCACUUUCAUGCUAUUCUUUCGUUCAUUUAUUGUUAUAACUAUUAUUAUUUCGAACAUUCAGAACAGAGAUGGGAAGUUGACGAUGGAGGAGUUUCGUGAGGGAUCUAAAUGUGACCCAUGGAUAGUUCAAGCUUUGGCAAUUGAUUUACCUCAUGAAGAUCUCUCUCAAGCUGAAGAUUAACUUACAAACAGCACUAAUACGUUAGCUUGUAGUGCCACCUGAGAAGUAAAAUCUAAAAUAGUCUUAGUUUGUAAAAAAUCUUUGUCAAUUUGCUCAGUAGAUAUCUAAUAAUACAUUUAGGAUGUGGAUGGAAUGGACUGAGCCGUUUUCUAUGUGUUGUGAAGAGAAACUUCACUUUUACCUUGAGAGAAAGGUGGAUGAUGUGCUGAGAGUAGUGGAAUCUUCUGGUUAAGGGAAAUUUUUUCGUGGAUAACAAAAGAGUAAAUUGUAGCCCUGCGUUUCUAGAGUCGUUGAUUACCUGUGCUUUCUCUUUUCCGUAGUACAGUGUGUUUAUGUCCAAACAAGUUGGUGUAAUGAAUAUAACAACAAUACUGUGCAUGCAGUGACUCAGUCAAGUACCUAAAGUGACCCUCACAACAAACCAUGGUUACAGUUGUGCUCCAAGAAAAAGCAGCGUGGCCGUUAAGUGAAAGUGACACUAUAGUUCACUAUUUUGUGUGCAAACCUUUCUGUAUUUCUCCUGUGUAAAUCCCCUGUUCAGUAAAAAUAUUUCGGGUGAGUAAGAAACGACGUGAUUUAUUAAGGUCAGCCAUUUAUGUGGCUUCUCCUUAAACGCCAGGCCUCGAAAAAGAGACCCGUAAAUUAGGUUUAUGACGCGUUAUUUUAUGUAGCGUAUUCUAUAAUACUCAAAAUCGGAGAAAGUGUAUUUAAUUUUUAGAAUGAUUAGAUAUAGCUGACUAACUCCGAUAUGUUCUUAACUAGACAUUAAUCAGCGCAUAAACGCACUAAUCGUCUAUCAAUGUCUGCUGUUUGGCUCUGCUCGGGCACUUAUUUUUCAGUAGUGGGGCUUUUCUCUUCGUUCUGGCUUUCUUUUUGUUUCUGUGUUUAUUGUUUAAUCUAAACUUGUAAUGUUCUAAGAGCUAGAACUCUGUCUUCAUGUACCAUUGAUGUA